UAAAACGUAGACUUUGCCCAGAGAAACUACUACCCCAUAAUCCCACGAAAAGGCCGUCGUCCAUCUCAAUUACAUUUCGCAACACCACACCAUAUUUGCGUCUGUAACCUCAGCGUUGCCUGACUCCCACUGCCACCAAAAUCUUCAAGAUGCCGGACCCGAAACUCCAAGUCUCACUGCUGAGGCCAGAAGAAGCAGAGCAGUACAUGCGUAUCCGACACGAAGUAUUCGGCCCUACUAUAAACAAGGUCUUCUACUCCCGCGGCGAAGCGUCACAGAAAACGCUCGCUAGAGUAACCGAAGAAAUUCGCAGCGGCAUCGUCAACAAAGGCAUCCUUUACCUCAAGUGCAUCGAUACGUCUACUGGCGAGAUGAUCGCAGGAGCACGUUGGCGUCACAUGAAACCUGGGAAAGAAGGUGCAAAGGAAAGAACGUGGGAAGAAGUGGACGCCGAUUUCAAGAUUCCAGAGCCGUAUGACGAGGGUGAUCCGGAAUUAUCUAAGGGUCUCCAUGACCUCUUCAACGUGAAUAAGAGAGAGAUCCUAGGGAAGCGGCCAUACUACGUCCUGGAUACACUAGUCACACUUCCCAACCACGAAAGACGAGGGGCUGGGAGUAUGCUAGUGCGUUGGGGGUGUGGUAAGGCAGACGAAGCAGGGUUGGAGGCAUAUCUUGAAGCGAGUCCGAUGGGAGCGCCAAUGUAUGCGAGACAUGGGUUCGAAAAGGCCAGAGAAGUGGAGUUGGAUUUGAAGAAGUACGGAGGGAAUGAGGUUCUGCAUUUCAUUCUCAUGUUGAGGCCGGCGAAGCGCGAAGGCACGCCAUGAACUACCUCGUCAACCUUAAUGAUCUGAGGAUAUGCCGUUCUCUAAACGAAUACGCUGCGAUAGAUUGGACAUUUGCUGAGCGCUUCAAACAAUGCUGCGGUCUAGAGUACGGCGGAACGGCCAACCUGUUUGGGUCAACUAGAUCUGAAGGUCUUCCUAGUUUCGACAGCUUUAACAACACAUAGGAUUUCGAAUAUGGGAAUCAAUGGAGAUUUCAUUACCCCUGUUGGUUUAGGUGGUCUGAAGGGUUAUUAGGCUCAAACAGGACAACUUCGCAUGAUGAGGUGACAAAUCACUACCAGUCUCUUGAACUGUUGAACACUCUUCAUCAUCCGAGUGUGGCGAUUACUAGUGAACCAUGUACUGCUUCCUGGCGCGUG